AAGCGGGAAUACUAAAACACAAAAGCGAAGGGGGCGCAAGAGAAAAGUGAACCCCAAAACCCUAGACCCCAUGGAAGCGUGGCCGCCUCUCGCCCCCGCCGCCGCCGACGAUGCGGCGGAUCACCCGCCUCCUCCCGCCGUCGCGAGCGGUGCCGGGGCAUGGGGGGCUGCGGCGGUGGCGCAGCGCAAGGCCGUGGUGGAGGACUCGGCAGCGCAGGCGGUGAGCCGGCUCGUGGCGAGCUGCGCCAACUCCGGCGGCGUGGCCGUGGCCGUGGUGGACGCCAACGCCGCCAUCGCGGGAGGCGCCGCGCUCUCCACCACGGCGGGGAGGCUGGUGACGGUGCCGGAGGCGCUCGAGGAGGUGCGCGACGCGGCCGCGCGGCGGCGGCUUGCGCUGCUCCCGACCCCCGUCGAGACCGUUGAGCCUGCACCGGAGUUCGUCAAGAAAGUUACCAAAUUUGCCCGAGAAACAGGAGACCUCCAAACGCUUUCAGAUGUUGAUAUCAAGAUUAUUGCUUUGGCUUACAUGUUAGAAGCUGAGAUCCAUGGGACUAGCCAUUUGCGGGAGCACCCUCCUCCUCUGCGUGUGGUGAAUGUCAGAAAGUUGGAAGAAGCUCCACUGCCUGGUUGGGGCUCUAAUGUGUCAAACCUAAAGGAGUGGGAAGAGUUGGAUCAGAUGUCUGAAGCAGGUGGAGAUAUUAAUUCUCGAAUACUUCCACUGAAAGAUCUUGAGAAUCAAGAUAUCCCCACUAGUGAGACCAACAAUAUUUGUGAGGCACAAGAGGAUUCAGAACAUCAGCCUUCAAAGAAAGAUGAAUGUGUUGCAUGGGAAGAUGAUGAGAAUAACGAAGGUUGGUUACCUGCUGUUAGCCGCAGCACACACAGAAGAUAUUUGCGGAGGAAGGCAAGGCGUGAUGCCCUCAAGGACUCUGAACAAAGUCUUGAGACAAGUUCUGUUGCUCCAUCAAUUGAUGGUAAUAAAUUUCUCUCUGGAAAUGGUGGAAAUGGACAUGAUGCGACUCCAGCGGAUGGCCCUUCUUCUGUCCCAAAGAAAAUGAAUCCAAGCACUGAUGGUGUGGAACAUCAAGAAGAGGAUGAACUUGAAAUUGCUGGAGAACAUUUGCAUUCUGAUCAACUAGUCAAUUGUGACGAUACUGAUGGAUGCACUAAAGAAUUGGAUAGCCUAGAUAUAAAAAGUGAGACUGAGGGAGAUGAUGAUGCACAUUCUGUAGAUGAUGAGAGCAGUGAGCAGAGUUGGGCCCUGAGAUCCUUAUCUGAAUCAACUGUAGCCUGUGUUACUAGUGACUAUGCAAUGCAAAAUGUCAUCUUGCAGAUUGGCCUCCGUCUCUUGGCACCAGGGGGCAUGCAAAUACGCAAGUUGCAUAGGUGGGUUUUGAGGUGUCAUGCUUGCUGCAAGGUGACCCAAGAGGUUGGCAAAAUAUUUUGCCCAAAGUGUGGCAAUGGUGGGACCUUACGGAAGGUUUCAGUAACGGUUGGUGAAAAUGGGAUCACUAUGGCUUCACGACGCCCACGUGUUACACUUCGCGGCACAAAAUUUUCCUUACCAAUGCCCCAAGGUGGAAGAGAUGCUGUAACUAAGAACCCCAUUCUACGCGAGGACCAACUUCCUCAGAAAGUUCUUCAUCCUAAAUCGAAGAAGCCCAACAAGCAGGAGGAUGAUUUCUUGGGUGUCGACGACAUAUUUACGCACAGUGGUGAGAAGAAGGCACAGCUGAAACCUCCGGUGAGGAAGGCACUUGCAAUGUUCAGUGGGAAAAGAAAUCCAAACGACAACCAUUUUUCUCGCAAGAAGCACUAAACUCUCUGUCUGCCUUUUUGUUCAUUUUAACCCACCCAUGUUUGUAGUCUCAAUAUGUAAUGGUUGGAGCAGAGUAUGUGAUCCAGACUUCUUUUUUUUGUGAUUGCGGAGAAAGGUUGUCAUGCAAACAUAAGCAUGUAAGCUAUGCAGUUUUGCAACAUCUAUGUAAGGUUCUUAUGCUACUACUUGCUCAUAUCAGCCGGAUUGAAUUUUCAAUU